GCUCGCGGCCAGGCCUGCCUCAGCGCCUCGCUGUGGCGGGGACGUGACCUGGCGGAACCCCUGCUCGGCCUCCAGGCCCUCCUCGGUCCCUGAGGCCGCGGGCGCAGUGAGAAGCUGAAGCAACGCCCCCUCCCGUGCAUCCCCCAUGGUGGGGUUUGGGGCCAACCGGAGGGGUGGCCGUCUCCCUUCAUUUCUCUUUGUGGCAUUGCUGCUAGUUAUUGCCAUUCUUGCCUUUAAUUACUGGAGCAGCUCAUCCCGUCAGACUGUCCUGCAGGAGGAGGUGGCUGAGUUGCAAGGCCAGGCCAAGCGCAGUGAUGUUGCCCGGGGACGCUUGGAGAAGAGGAACUCUGAGCUCUUGCUCCAAGUGGAAUCAGCCAAGAAGGACUUGAAGCAAAAAGAAGCAGACCACAGCCACUUAAACAGCCAGCUACAAGCAAAGGAUGGCCAGAUCAGGAAGUGUGAGGAGAGCAAGAUAAAACUUCAGAGCAACAUAUCAUACCAAAUGGCAGACAUACAUCGCUUAAAGGAACAACUUGCAGAGUUACGUCAAGAAUUCAUACGUCAAGAAGAUCAACUUCAUGAAUACAAGAAAAAUAAUACACAACUUCUUAAAAGGUUAGAGUAUGAAAGUUUUCAGUGUGGACAGCAGAUCAAGGAAUUGAGAAUGCAACAUGAAGAAGAUAUGAAGAAGUUAGAGGACCAGGUCAUACAAGACCGAAAGCAGACUGCAUAUAACAUCCCAUCCAGUAAAGACGUUGAGGAUGGUCUGAGCAAAGAUCCAGCAAUAUUGAGGACAACUCAGGAACUGGAUGAGAGGAAUGCAAUUAAGAAUGAAGCACCUUCAAUCAACAAUAUCUCAGAUGGCAAAGAGAAUAUUAAACCAGGAGAUGAUGCAGGCAUGCCUGGGAUAGAAGAAAAUGACCCUGCUAAAGCCGAAGAUACACUUACUGCUUUGAAGAAGCCACUUGAUUCAGCUUUACAAAAUCAGUAUCAACUCAAUGGAAAUCUUCCUACAGAAAAGCCCCAGGCUCCAAACCUCGCUCAAGGUAUAAAUAUUAACCAUGAUGGAAAUGCUGAUGUGAUGAAUCAGAUACCAUCAAACCCUCUUCAACCCUUAAUUCCUGUUCAUGUCUUCGAUAAUCAGAAAAAUGGAAAGGAAGUUGUAAAACAAGCUUCAAAGGACAGAGCCAGCGACUUCCAGAGAUUGAAGCAAAACCGGUUUUUUGAUGAGAAUGAAUCCCCUGUUGAUCCGCAGCAUGGCUCUAAACUGGCGGAUUAUAAUGGGGAUGAUGGGAACGUGGGUGAGUAUGAGGCAGACAAACAGGCUGAGCUGGCCUACAAUGAGGAAGAGGAUGGUGAUGGUGGUGAAGAAGACGUCCAAGGUGAGCUUGGGCCUUGUCUCCAUCCCUUUCACACAAUUCCCUCACUUGAGAACUGCAUGAAACUUGUUUGGAAAGGUCUUGCUGUGAAUGGGCAGCUGAAUUUUGACUGUACCUAUUUUUGUAGCAUCUUAGCUUCUGGAAUAGUUUAAGAACUUGAAGUAAACUCACUGAAAAUGUCUUUGACUUCCCAUUAAUCUUGAAUUCAUAACAGAGGAGGGGAAGGGUACUAUGAUGAAGUUGGCUCUUGCAUAGCUGUAGUACUUUCCCUUUUUUUUUUGCUGCUGAGGACUAACAUGGUGGCUUCUUUGGAAUUCAUAAUAGAUGUUACACACCCCUGUGUGAUUAUGACCUAUAAAGCCUUAUAUGGCUGGGAUCCAGGUUAUCUGAAACACCAUAUUCUCCCUUAUGAGCCUGCCCAUGCUUUGAGAUCUUCUGGGGAAGCCCUUCUUUCAGUCCCACCAUCUUCAAAGGUGCGCUUGGUGGGAGCAUGGGAGAGGGCCUUCUCGGUGGCUGCUCCAAUGCUUUGGAACUCUCGUCCCGGGGAAGCUAGGCUGGCUCCCUCCUUGAUGGGCUUUUGGAAGCAGGCAAAAACUUGUUUGUUCCAGCAGGCCUUUGGAGAAUAAUCUGGUCCUCCAUCUAUGUUAAGGACUUGUAAAAUUGUUUAUGUUUUAAUAUUGUAAUUUUUAAAAUUAUUUUUAUUUUUGUACAUUUCUUUUCCUAAGUUUAAAAUGUAUAUGUUUUAAAUUUUGUAGGGCUGCCUUGAGGCCCAAUAUUGGGCAAAAGGCAGGAUACUACUACUACUACUACUACUACUACUACUACAUUAUGGAUGGAUGUGGUUUUGGUAGUGAAACAUAUAACUACUGGUUGAGUAGAGAUUAACUGCAGGCCUUUCUCUUACACAACAGUCUAGAGUGCUUUACACUUUGUAAUUCCUAUUUUUUUAUGCUUUACUAAUAUGCAGUAGACCUACCUUGUACAGGCGUGUUGCUUCCAACAACCACAUUGACCACGUGCAUGCUUCCAUCUUCCACUUUGCAUGCAUGUUAGUGCAUCAGCUUUCCUUACUUGUCUUCUGGGUGUGUUGUGUUGUUUCCAGAUCCAAAACUGCAACUUUAAACUUUUGCAACAAAAUAAUUUUGCAGAGAAAAACUACACAUCAGCGAAAAAUAACUUCUCCAGUACUGUCUUUUCAAAUACUCUCAGAACCAAAACUAAUAUCCAGUUUUCCUUUUCUCUUUAUCCCAUCUUUUCUGGAGCAAAUCAAUAUUCUUGUGUGACUCCCAUUCAUUUCAAGAGUGUGGAUUCUUUUCCUAACUCCCAUUUAUAAGCAAACAAUUUCUAGAAAUACGUUGUGAAAUUGCUGUGAAAUAGACAUUUGUAUUGCAUCUUCCCAGGGUAACAUUUCAUUAUUUUUCAAAGCCUCAUUCUUGACUUUGGUGUUCUGGUCUUCUGAGUAAUUUGAAAUUCUGUUAAGUUUCUGAUCUGGAAGCAAGAAUGUUGCAUAUCAGAGGAAUUUGCUGAUAGUUUUGGAAUUGAGGGCUGCCAGCAACUUUCAGGUUACAGGGAAACACAUUUUUUUUCCUUUUAAGGCAGAUGGUAGGUGCAACACACACCCAGUGACAGAACAAUGUUCUAUUAUGCUAAAUCACAUUCUCCAAUUCACAGAAGAGUAAAACCUAAUUGUAUUUUCACUGCCGCUCUUCAACAUAAAAUCUGGUAGUCUCUAAAUAUAUUCCUAUCAGAAUCUCCUAAUGUGUUAUGACUUUUGGGUGAUACUGAAGUUUAAAUUAAACUUGAGUGCUGCUCUUCAAAACAGUGGGUACUUUGUGUGUAACUGAUGACCAUGCAGACCAUUUUAUACAUGUUGUGCCUGCAAACAGCAUUCCUCCACUGAUAUGGAGCCCAGUAAUGCAGAAUCAGUAUAUCUAAAGAACUGUUGCUCAUUCUCACAAGGCCAAAGGGAGAAUAAAACCUUAUGUUGGUUCAGAAGGUCUUCUAAAUUUACAAUGGAACAUUCUGAACUUGUAUUCUGUAUAAAAUCAUAUAUAGAUGAGAAGGGAAACAUUAUUAAACACUAAAGGAGGAGCAUUGUUUCUAAGAAAAAAGCUUGCUGAGAUUCAGACCUCUGAAACAAGGGUGUUGAGUAAAAAAAAAUUCUCACAGCAAAAAUUCUGAAUAUGUAUUCUUCAUUACCGCCCACCCACCCCAUAUUCUCAAUUUUUAUGAAAGGACACUGAAUAGAGUGCUCUUAAUGCAUGGUGGUGUGGGUUUCUGGGAUACUCACUUACGAAACCUUCAUUUUGGCAUGUC